AUGGAAUUUGAUAUAUAUAAACCAAAUGGCACUAAUUUCUAUAUGUUACCCGAACGCUUGCAAAAUCUAAAAGGUUAUAAAUUACGUACCAUAGCAGAUCACACAGAACCGAGAGCUAUGGAAUAUUAUAAUGAAAAUAAUGAAACUGUACUCAAUGGUUAUAUUGGACGUUUUGUGAAAACUAUAAGUGAGACUUUAAAUUCUUCAUUAUAUUUCCCACUAAAAAUACCACCUGAUGUUAUGGUGGAAUAUCGGGAUAUAUUGGGUUAUGUUGUUAAUUAUUCACUCGAUAUACCAAUAAGUUCUUUGUCUUUAUAUGAGUCAGAUGAUCAGCGUGAUUUUUCAUAUCCUUUUGAAAUAGGCAAAUGGUGUAUACUUUUGCCCAUGGAAAAACCAUUGGAUUAUAAAGAAUUAUUUCUGCUAAUUUUACAUUCUCAAAUAAUGCUUAUCACUAUAGUUUUAAUCAUAAUAUUUACCAUAUUCUUCUAUUUGGCUUUGGAUAAGAAGCGGUCGUUUUAUUGCCUUCACAAUUUGCCAGAAAUAAUCGUAAAUGAUAUAGCCAUACGUGGAGUACUGGGUCAAGGUUUUGUGUCUUCCGUCAAUAGCAAACUUUCAAUAAAAUUAAUUUACAUAAUGUUAAUGCUAUCUGGUUUAACUGUAUCCAUCAUAUUUGAUUGCUACAUGCUAUCAUUUUCCACUCAACUGCCGUUAGAGCCUUCUAUUAACACCUAUCAAGAUCUACAAAAAUCUUCUUUAAAAUUGGCCAUAGCUAAACCAGAAAUUAUGUAUUUACAUAAUAUUACAAAUGGCUCUCUAUCAUUUUUAUAUUCAAAAUUUCACACUUUUGCAAAUUUUGCAGAAUAUUCACGUUUUCGUGAUACUUUUGAUCGUCGUUUUGCCUAUCCCACCACCACCUCAAAAUUACAUUAUUACAAUGGCUUGGAAGCUCACUAUAGCAAGAAGUUCUUUCGUUUUUCCUCCGUAAUGUGUCCCAAUACAAUGAUGCAGUUUGAGUUUCCUCUGGGUCCAAAUUCAUAUUUUACACCACGCAUUAAUGAAAUUAUACUGAACACAUUGCAAUCUGGUCUUAUGGAUUAUUGGAUGAGUAAAUCUUAUUUGGAUAUGGUGGCAACGGGAAAGGCGAUUCGUGAAAUGCAACUAGUACCAAUCAAGUAUUCUACUAGUACCAAAAUCCCAAGUAGUAGUUCCCAACUGUAA